AAUGGCGAUGAAGAGCAAGGCGCGCUUCUUCGUGGCUGUUCACGUCGGCGCUGGCUACCACGCUCAAUCCAAUUCCAAGAACUACCGCAGGGCGAUGCGGCGAGCUUGUCUGGCCGCCGCCGCGGUUCUCUCCCAGAGCUCCGGGACCAGCAUGGAUGCCGUUGUGGCAGCGAUCAAAGCCUUGGAGGAUGAUGAAAUUACGAAUGCUGGUCGGGGGUCCAAUCUGACUCAAGAGGGAAACGUGGAGUGCGAUGCUAGCAUAAUGGAUGACUCGGGAUCGUUUGGUGCUGUUGGUGCUACUUCAGGUGUCUCAAAUCCUAUCGAGGUAGCUGCGCUUUUGGCUAAAGAAAGUACACACGGUUCUUCCUCGCUUGGAUUAAUUCCACCCAUUUUUAUAGUUGGCGAUGGCGCAAGGCAAUGGGCCAAAGAGCAUGGAAUCGAAACCAUGGAGAGUCCGGAGCAUGCUGUCUGUGUUGAAAAUCCGUAUGCUCUGUUGUUGCUGAUUACAGUGCUUCUUUUACAGCUUGUCACGAAUCGAUCCAAGGAGCAAUGGCUCAAGUAUAAGAACAUGAUGACAAAACAGCCAGAGAGUAAUUUAAGCAGAGAGGACGUGAUACAGGACACGGUUGGUGCAGUGUGCGUGGACGACAAAGGAAAUAUUUCGGCUGGAGUUUCUAGUGGUGGUAUUGCUAUGAAAGCUAAAGGUCGAGUCGGACUUGCUGCGGUGUAUGGAUGCGGUUGCUGGGCAACGUCAAACUUAUCAUCUUCCGUGGGUUGCAGCACAUCAGGAGCAGGAGAGAGGCUUAUCAAGUCUCUUUUGGCGCGUGAAUGCUGCCAUUCUGUGUGGGAGUCAGAUGCUGGCCCCGUAAGCGUUUGCUCAGACAUUUUACUGAAGCUUAAUCAAGGACACUUAGCCAGUCAAAAACAGGAUGCUGGGAUUCUACUUCUACAGUCUUUCAAGUCAUUCCCUAAUAGAUUGGAAGGAGUUGAAUUCCUCGCAGCACACACUGCUCCAUCAUUUGGUAUAGGAUAUUUUGCGAACUUUAUGGAGCGCCCCAAGGCGUCGAUUCUUAGGCAAAAGCCAGGUGACCACUCAGAAGUGAGAGUUUUGGCAACACGAUUUUUGUUUACGUAGCACACUGUAGAGACAGUUGAAUAACAGGAUCAGUUGCAGCAA